UGUGAAUGUUAUGAUAUAAAAAGUCGCAGUGCAUACAUAGCCUUAGAUCAGAUGAUAGUAAACAAAAACACAUAUAUAAAAUUGAACAGUGUAUUGUGUGAAACUAAAAUGUCUUGUACCGCCGAAAAUUUAAAAUACUUGCAAGAACUAGUUUCAUCAUGCUUUCUUCCGGCUUUAAAGGAGGAUUUGGAUAAUGUGCCGCUAAAUAGCGAACAUUUUGGCUCAUAUAGACAAGCUUUGGAAAUACAACUACCAGUUCUUUAUGACCUGUUGCAACAAAACCGGCAUUGGAUUUUUAGUAGAGAAGUUCAAGAAUCUUAUGAGUUAUUUGCGAAUGUGAUCAUCUUAUUGUCUGAGAUAAAUGCGGUGCCAACAGUUUACCGAUUAUCGAAUGAAAACAUACAAAGAAAUGCUCACAAUAUCCUACAAGAACAUGCUCCCAUAAAUAUCGCAGAUGUGGAACAAAUUGUGUUUGAAUAUUAUCAAAACAAGCUUAUAAAGGAUGUGUGGAAAAAACAGUUGGGAUCCUUGCAUGGAUUCGUGAGGUAUUUAGAGUUGCAGUAUUCCAGUGGAACGCUUCCAAAACGAUGGGUUAAUUUCUGCUUAUCCGUGGGUCUAACUGUACGCGAAAGCCACGAACCCACCUGUAAACGAAUUGGAAUAGUAAUAUUUGCACUUAUAUUGAAAAGUGGUAAUUUCACAUAUAUUCAGGAGCAAAAUAUACACAGUGUUAUUUACGACUCAGCUGUAAAAGAUCUCGAUUUUAUUGACUCUGUAGAGGAAGCAACAGACAUUUGGGAAUGUUUACAUAAAUGUUUAAACUUCCACAAAGAGUUGAGCAGUUUUAAUUGGUGCCAACUUGAUGACCUAAUGGAAAAAGCUAUUAAAAAUGUAACAAUGGCUCCCAAUAAUGAUAUAUCACUAUGCAAUUUGCAACAGGUCGCUAAGAUGGGCGCAUAUUUCGCUAUAAAUCAACAAGAAAUCGUAAGUUGUUGCGAAGCAGGCAUUAAUGGCUCUUCUUUGUUAGAACAAUGUCGGAAUGUUUGUGCAAGCAAUAAUUCCUACACAAAUUUUCGAUGGGCUAAAAGCAUUUUGACCAUGUUUAACGUGGAGUCAUAUAAACUAAUGCAGAAUAAGGAAAUGUCACAGAAAUUUCUACUGGCAAUGCACAAAUGUUACUUGGUUUGCAUUCUGCCAAUUGAAUUACAAAUAAUCAGUCCACAUUUAAUAGCAUUUCUCGAAAAGUUUACGUCUGUGUUGAUGGAAGUUAUAAUCACGCAAAAGAUGGAUCUUGAAAUUAUUCAGAUUGUUAGCAGCAUUUUGGAGACUUUCAAACACCAGCUUCAGCAUUCCCCAUACACGCAUGAAAGUGAAGAUUUCACUAAAUUUAACAACGCACUUGCGAAGCUGUUGCAUCACAACAUAUUUGUACAAAUUAAAUAGUUGUAUUUAAGUUUAUUGUAAAUGUUUUAAGAAAUAAAAUAGAUAAUUCUUCAACAAUUGUUUAUGGUUUAUAAAAAUACAAGUUUACGUAAAUAAAAAUGCACUGACUUCAA